GCCUCUCCACCUUCACCAUGAAGUCCAGUGGCUUCUUCCCAUUUGUGGUGCUUCUUGCCUUGGGAACCCUGAUACCUUGGGAUGUGGAAGGUUCUGGAAAUGGUGAGUUGGAGUUGCUCUGGUCCAAUCUUGGCAGCAGGGUCAUAGCUGUGGCCCUACUCUCAUCAGUGAAGAAGCCUGGGAAGUGUCCGGUUGUUCGUGGCCAAUGUAUGAUGCUCAACCCUCCCAAUUUCUGUGAGAUGGAUGGCGAAUGCAAGGGUAACUUCAAGUGCUGCAGAGGCAUGUGUGGGAAAGUCUGCGUUUCUCCUGUGAAAG